UCAAGUAGAGUGAAAAUCUUUACAUUUUAGUGGAAAGUAAAUAUGGUGAAGACGAAAGUGCCUCAGGAAAAGAACAUUCAAGUGGUCGUACGGUGUCGGUGAGUUGCACACAAAGACGAUGACCGUGAUAAAUUUUGCUACGUUUUUCUCUUCUGUCAAUCGUGCGAUCGAUUGGGCAAGAAAAGAGCUUAAGUUUAGAAUAUUUAUGAUUUUAGUCAUUCAAUUGCGUAUCAUUUCUAACUUUUCGGCGGGAUGUACAGAGGGUUACAGUAGGGAUAGUUUUAUUGGAAUGUCGUUUUAUGACCGGCGAUAUGAGACAAAAAUUAAAUAUGGCGAGUCAAUCUUUUAGUGCGAAAAAUAUUGCGACCUUCAUCUGAGAACUCAAUUUGUGAAGAAACGCUGAUCUAUGAAUUGUAAUGUAGUAUUCUUUAUUAUUUCAUUUAAGACGUGCCUCAUGUGCAGUUAUGAAAGUGUGGUAAUCUGUUAUCUCAAACCAUAUGUACCUGCAAUGAUUCAUGUGAUAUGCAUCCAUAUUCCUGUCAUGAUAUGAACUUUGCAGGGUGUUAUGCCACUUAAUGACAUACUGUACACUGUAAACUUCAUUGUGUGAUUUCUUGUAUUUUCCUUGACGUAAGACCAAACUAUAAAGUUUGCUUUUAUUUUCUAGACCUCGUAAUUCAAAAGAAAUCAAAGAAGGCUCGCCAUCUGUGGUCAAAUGCCAGCCAUCCAAACGGGAAAUUGUUGUUAAACAUGACAUUGGUAACACCACUUCUGUGUCAACAACAACAAAAACAUUCACAUUUGACCGAGUAUUUGCCCCUGAAACUAAACAGAUUGAUGUUUAUCGCUCUGUUGUGGUGCCAAUUUUGGAUGAAGUUUUGAUGGGAUACAACUGUACAAUCUUUGCGUAAGUAUGAAAGAAUUACUAAGACAGCAGCUUCUACAUGUAAAUUAUGUCAUGUUGCAGGGCUGUGCAGUCAUGCUCAUGACCUUAAUUAACUGCCUGUGAUUUGACAGCAUUCAUGUGUUAUGAAUGUUGUCAACAAAUACUGUUCUUAAUACUGUAUAGAAGGGGGGGCCUAAUCACUGUGACCAGCCAAUCCCUAGACAGUAAUUAAUUGAUUCCAUGGCUGGCGAUCCCCAUGCAUUUGUGAUUCUGUACCACAUCAUUUAUAUCACUCGACAAAAGUAGCAGCAGUAACAUCUUUCGUGUUAUCAUAGCUAUGGCCAGACAGGAACAGGUAAAACAUACACGAUGGAAGGAGAGAGAAGUCAGGAAGAUUGCUCUUGGGAGGAGGUAUGUGAUUUGACUGUGAAAUCGUCACCACAUCUGGACUUCAAAACCUGGCUUUCUUUAUCUCUAAAGUGUUGUUAAUUUUUACUGUUGUUUACCUUAGGAUCCUUCAGCCGGAAUAAUUCCACGCACUAUGCAUCAGUUGUUGGAAAAACUCAACAGUCAAACAGUGAGUUUAUUUAUCAAGUUACACACCUACAUAUGGUAGUGAAAAUGCUGAAAGAAUCAUGGCAGCUUGGAGAUGAAAGCAAAAUGAUAAAAAAAUUGUUGGAACCUGCAUGCAGCCUUGUUAUUAGUUCAUCCUUCCACUUCGAGCCUCCAGCUCUGACAAAAUAGAUUUUACCAUGAAUCCUGUUGCUGAGGACUACUGAAACAUUAAAAGGAGUCACUGAACAAAAUGAAUGAUUUUGGCUACAUUUAGGUCAUAAGGGCUCAGUUAUGAUGAUGCUCGUGGCUCUCUUUUCUUUAGGGCUUUGUGUGCUUGUUAAAAUGAUUAUUGUAGGUUAAAUUUAAGUGUACUAUUAUUUAGACAGGUAAUAAUUAUAAUAAUAUUGAUGUUAAUUUGUGUUUCAGGAUUGUGAAUUCUCUGUCAGAGUGUCAUUUUUAGAAAUUUACAAUGAAGAGCUCUUUGAUUUACUGAGCCCAAGUUUGGACAGUCAAAAAAUGCGUCUUUUUGAGGAUUCCACUCGCAAGGUAAGACUUCAGGAACAAAGAUCAAAGACUAGGGCUUUCCAAAAAUAAUUCCCCUGCAAGAGCCUACAGUUGUUCAAACACCAGUCAGCCCAGCCUCUGAUCCUGACAUACAUGUAACAGCAAGCACAGGGUAUGAGUUGUCAUUGCAACCAAUCCCAGAUAAUUAUUGUCAGUGCCAAUAUUGUUCUUCUAAUAAUUUGGGGCAACAAAAGCUGUGUCCGAUUGUAUUGCAUUUGCAUUUGGGCUAAUGGAUUGUGUGCUUUUCUAGCCCAACGGGCAAGUGAAAGUUUUUGGGGAAAUUUCAAACAGCCACAUAGAAUUUCAGUUAAAAGUUACUCAAUUCUGGUAAAAACCUGUAAACGAAAAAUCUCGGGCUAGUACAUGCUAGUUACAAGUUGCCCGAAGGGCGGGCUGUUAAAUAAAAAAUGGUUCUCGUUGCACCCUGAUUUGGGUUGCAUUUUAGUUUAUAGUUUGGUUCUUUUUGGCCAGAUAAAGAUCAGAAAACAGCUAAACUAACUUGAGUUAAAAGGCAUUUUUUGGCAAAAUUUCAGGUGGUGUGAAUGGUAAAAGACAAAUUGCAGGUUACUCUUGUCCUUUUUGUUCUCAUGGGUCUGAGUACUCCAUCCAGGCUAAACAUUAAUGCUGUUAGUGUGCAUUUUAGGGCUCAGUCGUCAUACAAGGACUAGAGGAACUGGUGGUCCAUGAUAAAGAUGAUGUGUACAAUAUUCUUGAGAGAGGCCGAGCUAAGAGGCAGACGGCUGCCACUCUAAUGAAUGCACAUUCUAGGUAAAGUAACGAUAAUGAGGGAUGGAAUGUGUUAAACUCACCAAUGUAUAGUUUAGGUGUGUGGUCAUACUGAGACAGCUGCAAGCGAGUGUGGAAGGUAACGAUUUUUUUGGCAUUACAAUCCUGUGAGAGGCAACCAAUAGGUACCAUUACACUUCACCCUGUUUUUGCCUUUUUUCUCCCACUGCGGAGUCUGGUCCCACCAAAGCUACUGUGACACGGAGGUUCUCAGUGGAGAGAAUUGCAGAUACUUUUACAAUGGAAAUCUAGAAGGAAGAGGGAACUGGUAGCAAAAACAGCUAAUAAAAGUGACUCAUGAACAUCAAGGCAACAUAAUUGAAAUGAUUGAUCUCAACAAAGGCACUGUCAGUAAAAUUACAGGAGCCCUGCUGCUGCAAACGCUCAAAGACCACCCCACAUACGAUUAGUGAUGGAGACCACCAGCCAGCAGUGUCUCUCGUUUAACCUCUCCUAAAUUACAUUUUAUGUAGCCACAUCAUACAGUAAAACUGAAUUCAUUUAAGGUGAACCUACUCAGUUAUAAUUUAUGUGCACUGCAGCAGACCAUACACAAAAUAAUCUGUUGUGUCUUUUUUUUCAGUCGUUCUCAUUCACUGUUCUCAGUGACCAUUCACAUCAAAGAGAAUUCUGUCAGUGGUGAAGAACUAUUGAAAAUUGGCAAAUUGAAUUUGGUAAGCCUUGAUUGCCCUACUUUACAUGCAGAAUUAAAUUCUAACCUAACAGAUGUUUGUUAUUAUAAAUUACUUUUACAUGUACACCGUAGCUUACUUUUGUGCAAGAUUAAAUAUAUCAAUACCGCAACUUUCUCUUAAAAUAACUGGAUACUUAAUUAGAAAAAUCAAAAGUCUUUGACACUAUCUUGCUACUCUGCAAAAGAGAAAGAGAAGUUGUAGAAAAAACAUGGAUAAGAAUAGGACUUUGAGCAGAAUAGAUUUUACUCUAAUCCUACAGAGUACACUUGCAACUUGUUUGUCAUUUUGUUCAGGUGGAUUUAGCAGGAAGUGAGAACGUUGGCCGAUCAGGUGCUGUGGACAAACGACUCAGAGAAGCUGGUAGGAAAUUGUUUUAUCAAGAUUUUAUGAAUAGCUUGUUGAUCUAUUUAAUUUUUCAUCAUAUAACUCAGAGAGCUGCUGUGAAAGAGAUUGAGUCAUCGAGGCAAAAAACUGAAACUACAUUGGGUAUGUUAUAGUGCAGAGUCUUUAGCAAAGAGAUUUGUUUUUUUACAUGCAUUUAUUGACAGGCACAAUCAAUCAGAGUUUGCUGACGCUUGGAAGAGUGAUCACAUCACUAGUAGAAAGAGCGCCUCACAUACCUUACAGGUACUCUCUACAUGCAUGUAAACUUUAAUUCAAUACUAUCAAUUUUAUAAGCAUAAAAAUAAAUGAAUAAAUAAACUAGACAGUGCUCUUGCAAGCAUUUGUUCUAAGUGUUGAAAUUAUAAUGAGCCAUUUGAAAAACAGCAAGUUUUAAGGCAUGGAUCCAGAUGUUAUCUGUGAUUUCAAACUCACUAACUGCCUUAUAGCAUAUUUAAAGAUUUCAAUGUUUAUUAUUAUUUAACUGAUUAGAAAAAAAAAUUCAUUAAAUGAUAAUUUGUUGAAUUUAACAAAUUUGAUGUUACCUUUUAAUUACAGAGAAAGUAAACUUACCCGGCUGCUGCAAGAUUCUCUUGGAGGACGAACAAAGACCUCAAUAAUUGCCACCAUCUCACCAGCCCUUUGUAACUUGGAGGUGCGCUACAGAAUUAGCUUCUAAGUUAUGAAAUUGUCUUUUUUCACAAUACUUUAAGUUGCAUGAUUUAUAUGUAGUGUCAUUGUUGUAGUAAAAUUCUGACUAACUGUUUUGGGUUUAUGUGUUAUUGUUACAGGAAACACUCAGCACUCUUGACUAUGCUCAUAGAGCAAAGAACAUCUUAAAUAGACCUGAAGUCAACCAGAAGCUAACCAAGAAAACUCUGAUCAAGGUAAACCAUGAUCUUCUGAAUUCAUUGGUCUCACAGUCAGGACAAAAAAAACCUCUCAGCUGAUACAAAAUCCUCUGAAAUAAACCUUGUGACAGUUACUUCUUUACUUGCACAACGUAAAUUAUUAAUACAUUAAAUACAGUCAUUACCUUACAUAUACUGUAGUGAUAAUCGACGCUAUCAUGAAGGCACUAUCAUUCGCUCACAUUUAUUUUGUUUUUUGUUUUGACCACAAAAUGGAAUGCAGUGAUUCUCAAAAUAAUAUAAAAUACCACUAUUAAGUCAUGUCAUGUCUAAUAUAUACCCUCUUGAGGGACUGUAUUUACAAUGUGAUCAGGGCUGCCACUACCCUGUGUGAUAUUUAAACCCCCUUUUUUAUGAAAACCACACCUAACAUAACCAUAAUCAGUAGAUUUUCCCAUUUUUUGGCACUGAUACAGUAAACACCCGCAUAUAAGAACAAGCGGAUUAAGAACACCAGGCUGAAAUUUGGCCAAUAAAGCCCCAUUUUUAUAAGAACAAGAUUAGCCUGACAAUUGUAACUUGUUCUUAUAAAAUGGAAAAAGUAUCAUGAUUACAAAGCGUGUAAGUUUAUGAUAUAAUAUAAUAUAUAAUAUGAUCAAAUUACUGGAUAAUUAUUUAUUUUAUUUUGCUAAAAUAUGCUUAAAAUAUACCUCUAGCAACAUGUUUUGGAUAGUAUUACUUAAUAAAAAUUUAAGAACAUUUUGAGGCUGAUUUGUCAUUAAGCACCCGAUAAAUAAGAACUCAAUCAGCCUGACCUCCGAAAUCGUGUGUUCUUAUAUGCGGGUGUUUACUGUAUAUCAGUGGAAUGUAAUGAUGAGAUAGAUAUUAUUUUUGGAUUUCAGGAGUACACUGAAGAAAUUGAGAAGCUUAAAAAGGACCUCUUGGCUGCAAGAGAGAAAAAUGGCAUUUAUAUUGCAGAGGAAAAUUACCAGUAUGUUUACUUUAAUCAAUGGGUUUAUGACAAUACAUUAGACGGUAUUAUUUUUAGUAAGUCACCAUCUCUCCAAAGCAGACAGCAUCAGAGCAGGGCUGCGAAUAUUUUUUUUUUCUUGAAAGGACAUCAUGUCCUACUAAGACACCAUCUGGAUCGGAUAAAACAAAAUUUUGGUCGGACAUCACCACAAAAAAGGUUUGAACAAAAGCAUCAUGCCACCUUUUGGGUAAAACAGAAGACAUACUAUGCUAAUGUAGAAUUCCGGAAAUUUCGGUUGGUACGUCAAAUGGAACUGGGACCAUUUCAGUUUGGUCCGAUCAGAAUAUUCGGGACCAGCUUUGAAGGUGGUCCACUUUGACCGGUCCGGUUAUCUCGGUAGGUCUGACCGAAAUGUCCGUUUCCAUUUGACAAAAAUUGUUGUCCCCAGUACUGCUCUUUUGUAUCCUGCUUACACAAACGCGCGGUGGCUUGUGUCGGGUUUAUGCAACCAGAAUGUACCGGUCCAUCGGCACGUGGAAUUUCCGAAAUUUUUAACCGGAAUUUGUUAAAUUGAAACCGCCCACUAUUUUGAAAAAAAAAAAGGAGCAGUCUCCCAGACAAAAAAAAGACGAUAUGAAUCAAUCUUUCUUUUAUUUUAUACAGUGCCAUGCAGCAAGAAAUCAAAUCUCAACAUGAGCUGAUUGCUGAAAAAGAAGCUAAAAUCGCAGCUCUUGAGGACGAAAUGAGAAAGUUAACCGACCUUUUUACAGACACACAACAAGAACUUGAAGAAAGAUGCGUGGAGUUGGUUGAAAAAGAAACUCAGCUAAACAAGACAAGUCUUAAACUGCAGCAAACUAAAUGUACGCUUAAAACAACUGUCGCUAAAAGAGAUGAGAAUCAGUUCCUUGUGGAUGAGCACAGCAGAAACGAACAGAAAUUGCAUUCGCAAGCUGAAAACCUUCUCUCUGUUGUCAAAGACACGGUGUCUCAUGUGGAUGGACUUCACUCAAAACUUUAUCGCAAGCACAGUGUUGAGGCUCACAACUCAAAUGCUCGUAAAUCAUUCGAAACUGAUUGCAAAGGAAUGGUUAAAGCAGUCAUGAAGAAUCUGAACCAUUUCCAAGGAGAAAAUGUCGUCUUCUUUGAUGCAAUGAAGAAAACAUUAGGUAAGAUGACAUACUAAAACCGUGAAGAAUUAAUUGAUGUCGUUCUCUCAAAGGUGUCAAAAAAAUUCGCUGGCUCGUACCGCAAGGAACUCACCAUGGUUCGUAAAUCUUUUAAAGGUCUUGAAUUUUACUAGUGGUCUUAAAACGUCCUUAAAUUCGGUUUAGGUCCUUGAAAAGUACUUGAUAUUUCUUUAUUAGGUCUUGAAAAGUCCUCCGGAAAUUCACAACCUAGUCUACGCUGUAAAAUUAGAUUAUUUUGCCGAGGAAAAUUUGGCUCAUCCUUGGUGUGACAACCUGUAAAACUCAGGGGUAACGUAAAAGCAUAUUUGUUCAUGAACAGUAUUUUAUUUCUGUUUCUUUAUUUCAAAUGCUAUUUCUGUACCUUUGAUACAAUUGAAAGUCAUACCCAGUCGUUGUGGAAAGUAGUAUGAAAUACUGAUGUGAUCAACGACGGCUGAAGAAGUACAAAUCGUAAAUGACUCCAUGACCUGUUUUAGCCAAUAGGGUGAUCAAAGGGGGUUAAAGAAUGCUGAUUUAUUAUUCCUUGAAAAAUCCUUGAAAAGUCCUUGAAAAGUCCUUGAAAUUUGUUUGUCUGAAGUUGUACGAACCAUGCUCACUAAAAAAUGGCAAAAGGUUAUGGAUAGGAAUCCGGUCCGAUCCUGGUUUUGUCAACGGUUUUUCGCAUCGUAUUCGGAGACCAUUUUGUGCCAUAAAAACUUGAGAGAAUUUUACCCUGUAAAAUGUAACUGAGUGGCCCGAAAAUUUGUGGACAAAUUCAAAUGUUGAUUUAAGAUGUUUUCUUUUUGUUGUUGUUCUGGUUAUUUUAUUGAACAGGGAACCUUGUUUCAAAGAAAAAAGAAGAAUCCCAGAAACUUGAGCAACAAGUUCAAAUGUUCACGGAUAGCGUGGCUUCUCAAAUGCAAGAAAUCUCUUUCAGAGAUCAGGUAGUUUUUACUGAUUAUUUAAUUAAGGUUCAGGCUCUACGUUUAAAACACAGUUUUGAUUUACAAUAGUUUUCCUCUCCUGUUUAGUAAAUAUAUUUAUUUGCCUUUUUCUUAUUGUUAACAGUGAUGUUUACAUGAUGGUACGGGAUAGUCGCAGGUGUUUAAGGCAUUUUGUUCUUUCAUUUUUAGGAGCAAGUUGAUGCUAACGCCAAAUUGUACAGCACCAGUUCCAGUAUAAAUCAACAUAAAAAGGUAUCAUUACCAUUUGUGCAGGUUUUUCUGCAGCUUGCAGCAAACUACCCGUUGAAUACUAAUAACAUGAAGUUCCCAGGGACUCGUAAAAUAUCCUCGUUAUGACGGGUAUAUCUUUUAUCCGGGUGUUUUUAAUAGAGCGAAGAGUGCGGUGCAUGCAUUUGAUGCUGUCCUUGCGACCACUCUCGCAUGCGACCAGCUUUACUUACUAACAGCAUUGUGGAACCCUGUUUGACCUGUGACUUAGGCUGUGUAAAGAAGAGACCAGAAAAGGGCGCGGCUGGCUUUUAAAAGGCGUUAUUCGGCUAAAAGCUCUCGUAUAGACGACUACGCUCAAUAAAGUUUAUCUUUUGGUCUCUUACUAGAGCUUUGAUUCUAUAAUUAAUGAUUCCUGGGUCAUUGUUAUAAUUUAUUGGUUCACGACUGAAGUUCUAAAACUAAGACAUAAAAUUCUAAUGGUUUUGAUGUUUUUUUUUUUCCCAGGAGAACAUUUCUUCAAGGUUAAAUACACUAAGGAAUGAGGAGUUUCUCCCAAAAAUGAGAGCUCUUGAAAACUCCGUGCAGUCAAUGGCGAAUUUUCAGGAGCAGCUUAUGGUCUUCUUUACUGAUAAGGUGAAUGCCUAGUUUUGUGCUGAACAUGUUUACAUGUAAAAAGGCUGAAUUUUGUCCUUUUGACCGGAUCUAUUAUUACAUAAGUUUUUGCUUCUCUUUUAAUUUGAUUUUACGAUUUUAUAAAAUGCACAUUUCGCGCUUCUUUCGGAAAUUUCACUACAGCUGUACAAGCUACUUGAAAGCUUAAAAUUUCUCGUUUUUGAAAAAUCGCGUAAGAAUUUAAAACGAAAGGUAUUUUAAAGCUUCAUUCUAUUGUGCUCGUCGGAUAAGCGUUCAAAAUUUAUUUUGCUUUCUGAAAGUUCAUAACGCUUUGUGAUUUUUUAGAUGAAUCAGUUUUCUUCAAUGGUGAAAACCUUUGUGGAGGGUCAAGGAUCAAUGAUCGACAGUUUAGAAGAAAUGAUUGACAGGCAGUCUCAGGAACAAGUAAGUCAAAUUUUGCUUGAAUCCCUUUGGCGGAACCUUCUUUAUGUACGUUGUACAAUGUACCUUGAAACACAAUGGGUGUUUUGAGAACAAAAAAGAUUCGAAAAUCGUGACAGUAAACAUUAAGCGACAUCUAUGUUAUCCAUUCACCAGCACUAUUGUAAGUAUUUUAGGUAGUUAAAAAGGUCUCGCAUUUUUAGAGGAUUCAGCAAAAGGUUUGCCAGAAAUAUCAGUGAAAAAUACCGUCUAAAGCUGUCAAAGUAUACCGACAGUGAGGGUGAUUUAUAACAAAGCGCUAGCAAAUUCUCCUGAAUGGGACUGGCCGGACGCGCCCGGCGAAGCGGAGCCUAGUGACGAUCUUGCGCGCUUCAGGCAAGGAAAAGAGCCUUCGCUUGUCUGUGGACGAAUUAAUUUUUGUUGGCUUAAAGUUAACUUUCUGUGAGACGGAUAUAUUUGUAAAGGCUAAUUACAAAUUCCUGAGACUGUACAUUCAACUUCCGUCACGUUUGGCAUGUCAAUGACAUCUCUUUUUUUUUUCUAUCUCGGUGAAAGCCAUGCAUUUACUUCUCUCUACCGGUUAAAAUUGGACAGCUCGAACUUAAUGCUCUCAGAAUAAAAUAAAUCCUUCAUGCAUUAUUGAGGUGUCUCUUUUUUUUAAGGCCCAAGCUUAUGGCGACAUUGUCACUCACACAGAUUCUGUUAUGACCAACCAGAAAGUCUUAAUAAAGGUAAUGUGUGUCUUGAUGUGAAGUACUCUUCCUUUGUGAUUGCUAGUUGUAGCUUGCAUGGAAAUGCAUAGUGUAGUUUCACAAGACUCGCACAAUGGAAGUGAGCCUGCUCGCGGGCUAUCCUCGAUAAGUCAUCGUUUAUGAGCGGAUUUUGUCUUCUUUGUUUUCAAAGGAACUACAGCAGACGUUUUUCAAAGAAGUGAUGUCAUUAUUUCAGGACCUGGUGGAUCAACAGACUGAUAAACUAACAACUGAUACUGGAAAGGUGAAUGGCAGCAAAGCCGAACCAAUUGUACUAUUUGUGUCAAUAUUCUUUUGACUCAAGCUGAAUCUUGAUCUACUUUACGUGUAGAACACGUCUAAAUUUUCAAACGUCCGAGCCUUACGUGUAAAAACUGAAACUGUCAACAGAAAAUUGCCGUAGUCAAGCAUAUCUUCGUCAUUGUAAUUCUAUGCAAAUUUUUCUCCCUUUUUAUUAGCCGAGAGGACAGCCGAGAGCCCUUCAUGUGUCCUUAACAUGUGACCUGAAAAUAAUGGUCUGCUCAUGCACAAUGUCGUCCAACUAAUAAUCUGCUCAUGCGCAAAUGAAACCACGCUUUUCUCCUUCUUGCGUCGCUUUGCGUGAAAAUGGCAAAGUGGCAGAUAUUCAUUGAAAAAAGACAAACUCGGCGACCGAAUUAAACUCGGUCUUCGCAAAAUAUCGUGAUUUGUUAGUGACUGGCAGAUCACGAUAUUUUGCUCGACCUCGUGCAGUAAUUGUUAAUCAUGCAUCGAACGACAUUUAGAUUCAAACCUGUCGUCGUCUGCAUGAGUAUUGUUUUACCAUUUUUGAACUACUUACCAAUUUAUGAACGCUGUAGUCGCCUCGGAAACAGCAGAAACCUUGUGAACUUUUCAUUUUCUUCUUAUCAUGCCAUGACGGUGUAGAAACCAUCCAAAAUGGCACACAAAAAUCAGAUUCAGUUUAAGAUACUUAUUUUUUACGGUUACAUUUUUCGUUUUGAGCGGUUUUUAACAUGAGGUUUGUUUUUGUUUACUGGUCGUAGUGGGAUGUUUUUUAUCUCCUGAGAUGUUUCCAAAGUUAUUUUUUAUAUAUAUGUUUUUAUGAAUACUCAAUUUUUUAUUUCAUUGAAAGCUGAAAGAAGUCACGACAGAAGCUCUUAAAGGUGCGGAAUCAACACGUACAAAUCUAAGAAGGUGAGAAGAAAGUUCAGAUUUGAAAGUUUAUGUUUUACAAACUGGCAAAGUAUCCUUUCAAUCUAACUUGGAAUCUUGUUUUUAUUUUAGUUACUGUGACUCUUUGAAGAAUUGCGCCUCCCAGUUCUCUGAAAACUGCGUUCAAACUGUUAACGACAACAACAGUGAGGCACAAUCCAAAUUUCAAAAGGUAUGAAACAUUUAUGCAUUUAAUAAAGACAAUACGUUACAGCUACUUUCGUUGGAGAAGGGUAGCUGGGGUAGAUGGCAAAAGAUUCCGUAUUUUUGGGUAGUCAUUGAAGUACGCGGGAAUAGUAAAACGAAAGGUCUGGAGCGUGGAAGAAAACGGAGAGCUAGACUGAGAUGCUCGCACGGUUCGCGGGUCUGACACUCUCACGCUGCAGCGGCUCUCAUUUUUCGUGCGUUUUAAAAAACGAUUUUGAGAAAAAAAAAAAAAAACCACUGUUUUGUUUUCUAUGGCUGAGAUGAAUCAAAUGAAUGACUCUCUAAGAUGUUACUCGUUAAGAAGAAAAAGAAAAUGCUUUUACAUACGAAAAUUCUGAAAACUGGAUGAGUUAUAUUUACCCUAAAUGUUUGAUAACCAUUAAGAAAGCCUUAUUUUUGAUUUCAGUUGUUAGGAGCUACGAUAUAGCUCCCACUGAAUAAAUAUUAUCGCCUGAAUAACGAUUUGUUAUGUGAAUAACGUCAUCCAACCUGUUGACAAUGUAGUUCCAUAAUUUAAGCAGAUUAACUUGAUGUUGCAACUGUUUAAGCCGAUGGCCUCGCCUAAAAAUGUAUUUAACUAAGAGUAUUGACGAGGUUUUCCUCUCUAGGCCGCGGAGCAGUUGCAGGCAACCGCAAAUCUUCAUAAAGAAGUCGAGGUGGAUGUUGUUAAUGCUUCUCACAAAGUUGACGAGGUAUGUGAGUACUCAGUCCGGUAAUGCUCCAAUAACUGUUGCUUUUUUGGUUCACGUGCAUCAGAUAGCCGCGUAGGGGUUGGUGUUAAGAUUGUUCGUUAAGAUUUUUUCUCUUAGUUUCCGAUCUUUUUUGUCUUUGUAGCUGGCUGGUCAGUGGAAAAACAUGCUGAAUGAAUCCUUUACCCAGCACAUGGACGCCAUCAAGUCUUGUUCGACGAAGCAGCAGUUCUCUAUCAAGGUUUAUUUACGUGAUAUUCUUCACCCUUACGUUUUCCUGAAUUUUCUCGCUUCUACUUGUACUUCUCUUUUACGUUUUUCAACAUUUCAUCUCGUUGCUCAAAUGAGAUUUUUUAUGUUGAAUCAAAUCACAAAGAUGUUUGUAAAAUGCUUUUUCAUUCGCUGGUUUACAGACCGCGGACACAGAGGCAACCUUUCAAACUGGCACCACUUCCUCUGUAGCUUUUGCUCUACUUACGAUUUAGUCACUGAAAUUAAUCUAUCGCCAAUUAAAAGAAAAUUGUUGUUUAGGUAUGCAGAGAAGAAGUACAACAACACUUGACUGACGUGCAGCAAGCACUUAAUUGCCACGGUAACACUCUAGAUGAAAUGGCGGCAACUCAAGAGUUACAACUAACCAACCAAUCAGAAGCGGUCAGCGCAUGGGCAUGUGACCAAAGCAAACGUAUGGAGCAAGUUGAUACCAGAGUCAACAAAUUUUUGGUGGAUGAACUCAAAGACGACCUUCCUACGGGUUUGUUUUACUUUUAUUAGCGUUAUGAAGAAUCAAGGAAAAUGACUGAAAAAAGACAGGGACGAAAGGCAGGUUAGCCUGCGAUUAAGCUCCAGAGGGGGAAGGGGGAGGGCUUGCUUGUUUUUUUGUUUGUUUUGUUUUUUUCGGUUUUCGUCCCCUCCGACAAUAUUGUAUUAAGUGAACAGUGUUCUAUGAGGGACAUAGCCACAUUGUGCACAUCCCUUAUGUUCAUUCCCUUGCCUCUUAGCCUUACGUUAACGACUGACGUGUUUUUACUCUAGGCUCCACACCUCAGAGGCGCCCAUUCAACUUCCCCACGAAGCUUGUAAGAACUGAACCUCACGACCAGCUAAGGCAAAGAUUCUCAGCCAGUUAUGAGAUGCCAUUUUCACCGGAGCCUGUACCUAUCAAGGUAUGUGUAUCUUUUAAUUUUCCGUUGUGAAAGAUAACGGCUCCGUAAAAUCCUUCCUCGUCAAUACAUUUCAGCUGGUCAUUUUUAGAAAUUUUCUAAUUUCAUCGUUUUCUGUCACCGGGCAAAAGUGCUACCGUGGUCAUUGGUUUCUUAUCUUCUGAGAGACACACUGCGGAAGCUUAAUUUGACAGAUGGCAGGGAUAAAGAGUAUAAACCUACAAAAGGCGCUGCUUGUGAAUGUCCAAAGCGACAAGAUGCAUUUACAAUUUGUAAGGCCAAAAACAGGUCGGUAAGAAAAGAGUCUUACCAUUCAUACUUCGUUGUCCCUCCAAAAUUUUGCAUAAGCAUUGUUUUUAAUGUCUCUGGGGACUUACAAUCGCCCCACAGGAGGGAAAACAAAAAAAAUUAUAGUUUUUUUUUUUUUGAAGAAAGGCCUAUGGACAUGCCACAGGCAUGAAAUAAAACAUCAAAUGAGACAACACGGUUUUACCAUUUGAAAGGUCAAGUACUGGUCAGAAUAAAAAGAUCCUCACCAUUUAUUUUCAACUUAAAAUAUUGUGACUGCCUCGAAAAGCGCGUCCAGAUGGACUUUCCACAGGCAUCGAAUGAGCGAAGUUAAACUUUGCGAUAAAAAAGAUACCCGUAAGAAAUUUGCAAGGGCGAAUGUCACGACAUCAGCACUAAUUUAUCACUUUUCUCUGCAGAGCGUUUCAAGUGAAGAAGGAGUUCCGGUGUUUGAUUUGAGCCGCGGUAGCACUUGUAGCACUGUUAGUUCCGAUAAUGGCGUGUACCCACUACAUGCAAGUGAGAGCGAUGCUCUUGUUCCUGAUUAUGACAGUCUUGAGGAAGGCGAAUCUGCGGCAGAUGAUCCGGUGUUUGUUGAACCUCAGGUAAGGAUAGCUGCACUUCAUCUGUUUACUUGAAUAUCAAAAGAUUUUUUUGUCAUUACUCUAGUGGUUCAUUGCCAUGCUUUUGUGAUUUUCCAUUUUACGCACCAUUUUAUGCGCCAUUAUUUUAUUCUUCCCCUUGCUCUCCUUUUCCCGUGCUUCGCUUGACACCGGUUACCUAUAAUUCGAGUUGUUAUUGGUUCAUUUUGAAUGUCCACCUUUCAUUUAAGGUCGCAGUUAACUAGUUUGGUUUUUGUAUUGAAAUAACAGUGCUAAAGACGGCAGUUUCAUUAUCAUGAACACUAUACUUGACAGUUCGAAGCAAAAGUUCAAAUUAAAAAAUUUGACCCAUGAAUUAGUUUAAAGGCCUGCUAAACAAAAAAUUGAAGGGGAGAAUUCACUCACUGCUUGUUUUUAUUAUUUUGCCAGCCUGUUACAGCUGCAGCCCGCAGUAAAGGCGUGUCAGCGAACACACCCAAAGAUAAAGAGAAUAGAGAGAGACCGCUGACUAAAGCUUCCAGUAUUCCCAACCUUACAGUCAGCAGCAAGAUUCCAUUAGUAAAUAGAUCCCAAACGCCAGUGGAACGUGUAAAGCGUCCUUUGAAAGCAAUGAACACAUAGUAAAUGAACUGGAAGUUCGUGCUUGUGCUUAUCAAACUUAGGUGUAUAUAUAACAGUAACGAAAAUUGUUGAUAUGUGUUCAUAUUCAUCGGAUUCGUCGAGCUUUUUAUUUCGUGGGGUGAUCGUUGAUCAAAGCUGUGUUCAUUAACUUUACAAGAAUGGAUGAUAUUUAAAUAAGGUCUUUAAUUAACGUUAUGGCUGCUUUUUACUGGUGGAACAUACGCGGGCGUGAAAGCAAAAUGUAAAACUAUUUACGCGACUGCUGUAGUUGGAUGCCCUAGUCUGUUAACAAAUGAUUGUGAAGAGCUGAAGUGAGGAAGGACCGCAGAAUCUGUUUGUUGUUUCUGUUAGUUUGACAAGGUAACAUCUUGUACCUAGAACAAUUUUGCGAUCAUCCAUUAAGACAAAAAUAGCUUGCUACGUCAUGAUUUACAAAUGUUGGAAUAACGUUUAAUUACACACUAUGUGCGGAGAAUACUGCAAUAUGCAAAUUAAUCCUGGUUCAUGUGAAUAAGGAGUGAUGCAAAGGCCGCUAGUUAUAUAAAAAACAAGUUGCCGGGUCUUUCUUUUUUGAAAGCCUGAUGAGGAGGUUAAAGACGAACUUGCAGUAAAAAACGGUGAACCACUGGCGGUAAUAGAAGUUAAGUUUAUGAAUGGGAGGUACUAUACAUUUUUGACGCUGGCAGAAUCUACGACGGGGGUGGGGGGGGGAUCUGAAUUUUUUUAUUGCUGACCUUGCUCACACAGUGGAUACUUGUAGCUUUCCUAGUAAAAUUUCCCAUUUUUGCCCUUGGAAGAUCUCGCUUGUGGACCAAAAUAGUUGCCUUGUCAGCAGGAAUUUCUCCAUUCGGGAAAGCGCUGAAAAAUAGGCAGCGAACAACAACAAUUAGUUGACAGCGAGAAAGGGAUGAUUGAAAUUUUCACUAGCGCAAUUCGCUGCACACCCCUCAGAUCAAUUAGUUUGCAAGCUAUUAAAUCACAUGCGAUAUUUUUUUAUAGUUAAGUGAUAACUUGUACAUAACCAACGGCGAAAUACUAAUAAAUCAC